AUGAAAAUUAUUAGAUCUAUGAGAACACAACUCAAGUACUAUUUAGAAAAUCAAAGUGAACGUGUUAAAACUGCUGUGUUCCAUCCAACAGCAACUUUAUUAAUGUGUUCAUUACAUAAUGGAGAUAUUCAAAUUUGGGAUUAUCGUACAAAAAUAUUACUACACACAUAUCCUCAUGCACACAAUGGGGCUGUAAGAGGGUUAUGUUUCCAUCCAAACAGACCACUAGUUGUAUCAGGUGGAGAUGAUUGUGUUAUUAGAAUGUGGAAUUAUAGGGAUAGUCAUUCGGAUAAUGCGUGUGUUGGAGAAUUUAAAGGACAUAGUGAUUACAUUCGAUCAACAUAUUUCCACCCAACAAAACCAUGGAUAUUGAGUUGCAGUGAUGAUAGAACUAUCAGAAUAUGGAAUUAUUUGUCAUUCAAAUGUAUAGCUAUACUAACUGGUCAUGACCAUUAUGUCCUUUCAGCUCAUUUCCAUCCUAAACCAGAAAUGCCAUUUGUUAUUUCAUCAUCGUAUGAUAACACAGUUCGAGUUUGGGAUAUUAAAGAUUUAUAUGAAAAUGAGCCAAGAGGAGAUGGAGCUGUUGAUCUUGCUGGAUCUGUUAAAUUUAAUAUCACACCAGAACAAUUCGCUGUUAAUAAUGCAAUUUUUCAUCCAACACUUCAACUUAUUUUUACUUGUGGAGACGAUAAAACAGUAAAAAUGUGGAGAUAUAAUGAUUCAAGUUGUUGGAGUGAAGGUACGUUUAGAGGUCAUACACAUAAUGUUACAGCAUGCACAGUAAUGGGAGACUACCUCAUUUCUGUAAGUGAAGAUAAAUGUGUAAAUGUUUUUGAUAUUAAAACACAAAAGCUAAUUAGAAGUUUCAGAACAAAUGGUAGGAUUUGGUGUAUUGAAAAACAUCCAUUAGAAGAUCUUUUUGCUAUUGGGUGUGAUACUGGACUGAAGGUAUUUAAAUUAGAAAGUGAACGUCCUGCUUAUUUUGUUACUGGUAAAUCAGUUUAUUAUCAAACAGCUUCAUCAAUUAAUAAAUUUGACAUGUCAACAAAUGAAAUAAAAUUAAUGUAUUCAAUUAACCAUAUCCAGUCAAUAGUUGCUAUUCCACAGGCCAAAGAAAUGGUUUUAGUUUCUAAUGGGGAAAAUCAUGAAGCAAUUUGUGCUGCUUUUCAUAGGUCAAAUCUCCAAGGAACCUCAUUAUGUUAUAUUGGAGGGUCAUUCUAUCUUUCAUAUGAGCCACAUUCAAAUACUGUUCAAAAGAUAGAUGUUGGUAAAUCACAAGUUGUUGGUAAAAUUCAAUUAGAACGAAGUGGAACAAGAAUAUGUGCAGUUAAUAGACCAAAUACUUUUUGUUUAUUUGGAGAUAACUUUGCACAAAUUAUAACUGUUGAGGGAAAUAUUUUAUUUAAUGUUGAUGCAAAUGGAUUAAAGAGAACAGUUGCAACAAAAGAAACUCUUGUUUUAUUUGGAAGUCAAACGAUUCUCUUAUUAAAGGAUUCCAAAGAAGGAUAUGAAAUUGUAACUAGAUAUACUGAAACAACACAUAUUAAGUCUGUUGUUAUUGCUACUAGAGGAGUAAUAUUAUAUACUACAAAUGCACAUAUCAAAUAUUUAUUACCAACUGGAGAAGUUGGAAUUGUUCAAGGAACAGGAAAUGAAGUGUUAUAUCUUAUUGCAGCAACGGCCAAUGCUAAAGGGUUAUUAACAAUUGAUAUAAAUGGAGACAUUACAACAAAGGUUGUUGACCUUGCUGACGUUGAUUUUAAAGCAGCAGUACUAAGGGGAGAUUUAGCUGCUAUUCAUAAACAUUUAACAAAUACUGUAUUUAUUGGUGAUUCAAUUAUUUCAUUUUUAAUGAAAUAUAAAUUUGCUGAAUUAGCAUUGUUGUUUGUAAGAGAUGUUCACGCUAAAUUUGCUAUUGCUUUACAGUGUGGUAAUUUUAAGGCAGCACUUGAUGCUGCAAAACAAUUAAAUCUACCACAGUAUUGGAGACAAUUAGCACAAAAAGCUAUUAGUACUGGACAUUUUAAAGUAGCUGAAUUUUCAUUGGUUCAACUUGGUGAUUAUACUAGAGUAUCAUACCUCUCUGCCUAUUGUGGUAACAUACAAUCUAUGGUCAAAUUAAAUAAACUUGAAGCUUCUAAUUCUCAAAAGUUAAUAUUAUCUCUUCUUUCUAAUGACCAAAAAACUAUGGUAAAAGAAUGUUUUAUUGCAAAUGGUAAAUUAGGUUAUAUUGCAGCAAAAACUAGAGGAUUUGAUGAGAUUGCAGAAAGGAUAAGUGGUGAAGUUGAAAUAUCUGAAAAGUUAAAAGAAUUUGCAACAAAAGAACGAAAACCAAUUCCAGGAAGUAUAAUAAAAAUGAAUUUAGCAUCAUUAAAAGAAUGGCCUCACAUUGGUGUACAAAAAACUAUUGAACAAGAUUUGAUUGAGGCAAAAGAAGUUAACUUAAAUGAAGAAAAACCUGUCUUUGAUGGUGUUAAAGCGGACCAAAUUGUUAUGGAGAAAAAAGAAAAUAAACCAAUAGAAUCAAAGAAACAACAAGAAGUAAUCACUAAUGAGAAGAAAGAGGAUAGUGAUGAUGAGAAUUGGGAUUUCAUUUAA